ACACACAUAUCAUUCCGCUUGUAUAUACAGAACGCCAUCUUUCUCUCUCUAGGUUUUUGAUAUGUAAUCUCUGCAUUUUCUCUUUCUAGUUCCUUUUUUUUGACCAAAUUGAUUUAAUAAUCGGGAGGUUUCUGGGUCUUGUAGGGUUGAUCUGGGUGUUUUUGGUGGCUAAUGUUUUGGGGGUUAAUUGGAUUUCUUUCACUAUAGUGCAAUCAUGUUUUUGCUUGAUUGGUUCUAUGGAGUUCUUGCUUCCCUCGGUUUGUGGCAGAAGGAAGCCAAGAUCUUGUUUUUAGGGCUUGAUAAUGCCGGAAAAACGACGCUGCUUCACAUGUUGAAAGAUGAGAGAUUAGUGCAACACCAGCCUACACAGUAUCCAACAUCUGAGGAGUUGAGCAUUGGGAAAAUCAAGUUUAAGGCCUUUGAUUUGGGAGGCCAUCAGAUUGCUCGUAGAGUUUGGAAAGACUACUAUGCCAAGGUAGAUGCAGUUGUUUACCUGGUAGAUGCCUAUGACAAGGAGAGAUUUGCGGAGUCAAAAAAAGAACUGGAUGCUCUCCUUUCAGAUGAGGCUUUGGCCAAUGUUCCAUUCCUUGUUUUAGGCAACAAAAUUGACAUACCAUAUGCUGCCUCAGAAGACGAGUUGCGUUACCACCUUGGCUUGACCAACUUCACCACUGGCAAGGGUAAGGUGAACUUGGGAGACUCAAAUGUCCGUCCCUUGGAGGUAUUCAUGUGUAGCAUUGUUCGAAAAAUGGGCUAUGGAGAUGGUUUCAAGUGGCUUUCGCAGUAUAUUAAGUAGUGAGGUAUAGGAAAUGAAGUUCUAUUUAGUUUAUAAUCAAAACUCAAAAGUGCUAUGUCAUACUUGCCUUGAACAUUUGUUCUAGAAGCACUGUUGAAGGAAUUUCAGUUGUUUUGACUUUAUAUCUUAGUAGAAUUACAAAUACCUGCUCAUUCGCUUGUCAUGAGACUUAAAAAGUAAUUCAUGACUGGGAUUCUCAUUGUACUGAAAUUAUGGAUAUCAAUUGCGUUAUAUCUCA